AGGGAGGGAGGGAGGUUAGAGAAAGAAACGGAAACAAAAAAAGACAGAUCCUUUCUUUUCUCUCUGUGCGAGGGCUUAUGGCGCCAAGCCAAAUAGCAAUGGAAGACCAAAAACCACAACGAACCAGAAGCACUAGUAAUAAUGGUGCCAACAACAACAACAACAACAAAAAUUUGAGGGGGCAUUUGGAGACGAGCAAAGCAGCGGAGCCGGUGUGGCUUAUGAAAUGCCCUCCCAACGUCGCCAAAUCGUUUAAGCCUGACGCCGCCGACGAUGGCUCCGUCGCCGCAGAGGAGCCUUGUUCUUCCGGCCCUGUCGCCAAGGUCAUCCUCUCCCUUGACCCUCUCAACUCCAAUAACGAACCUAAGUUUACCAUGGAACUGGCGGCCACAGAAUCUGCAAAUACCCCCAAGUGUUACGUUUUGGAUAUGUCCAGGGACUUCAUUCCAAUGUCUGUGUUUUCAGAGUCGUCAGAAGGAAAGUUAUCUGUGGAGGGGAAAAUCUUCAACAAAUUUGACAUGAAGCCCCAUGAUGAGAAUCUUGAGAAUUAUGGGAAACUUUGCCGUGAACGAACAAAAAAGCAUAUGAAAAGUAGAAAGAUUCAGGUGAUCGACAAUGACAAUGGGGCACAUAUGAGGCCUAUGCCAGGGAUGAUUGGUUUUGUGGCUCCUGGACCCAGUGACAAGAAGAAAGCGCCAACUAAGGGAUCAGAAAUGAAGAGAACAAGGAGGGACCGUGGAGAAAUGGAACAUAUUAUGUUUAAGCUCUUUGAAAGGCAACCUAAUUGGACUUUAAGACAAUUGAUCCAAGAGACAGAUCAACCCGAACAAUUUCUGAAAGACAUACUUAAGGACCUCUCUGUUUACAACAACAAGGGAGCUAAUCAAGGCACUUACGAGCUGAAACCUGAAUACAGGAGAACAGGCCAGGAGCCAGCUCACUAAUAGAAUUGGAAUGUGUUGUUCUUCAAUGUGAGCAAGAAGAAAAUGCUAUGCGCUUCUCCAGUUUCUUUUGUCUAGUUUGUAGGUUUGGAGUUUCAAAAGGCCAGCAGAGUUUACCUUUCUUGUAGUGAAACAAUGCCAAAAUAGAUUUCUUGAUGAGAACGUACAGUUCCAUCUUCUUGUUUUUGGUGAUA